CACUCAGGCGAAUUUUUUGGUGGAUAUUUGCAAUCGCGAAGGAAAUGCCCACUCUGAUUGCAAUUAAAACAUCGCCUUCCAUCGAAACCAACUGUACGCAGACAUCUUCGUGCCAAAUGCCCUGGUUCUCCACAGAGUUCCCAGAUCCUUCAUACAGGUAUCCUCCGCCAGCGAUGAAGUUUCUCCAGGUAAUGCAGCUUCCUUCUCCGUCGGGGAUGUCCUCAGAGCCUGCAAUGGUCCAGGGGGAUGAUUGGCGGAACCCAGCAGACCACCGACUGCGAUUCCUGGUACGAGUGAACCGUACCCUCGAGCCUCCAGGUUUAAAAAACCGCCCAAAAAACCUUCUGAGGAGGAACCGCGGCUUUUCUCCAGUCCUCUUCCUUGGAGUUCCAAUCCAGGCCUUCACUCGUCUUCUUCACGGCCUUUCCUAUCCUCUUCCUCUUUUUAACCUUUUUCUUGACGACACAGUCGAAGGUGGGUUGAUGGAUAGGAAGUAGCGGCCUGCUUCUUUUCCUCUGGUCCUUUUGUCCUUCGAUCGUCCUUCGCGACCACAAUGUGCUGGCGGGUGGGAAACUCACGGAAUUUUCACUUAAUUUCCAGUCACUGUUCACUUAAGUUUUUGUCAUUUUUGGCACAAUUUUCCAGUCACUUUUCACUUAGUUUGUAGUCACUUCACUCCCGAAGGAUUUGCGGAAUCCCACACCUAGCACCAAAAAAUA